CACUCUCCUGCGCGCCCCCGAGGGCGCACACCCGUGGGGAUCAGCACCGAUCAUCAGGGUCACUGAUCAUCAGUGCCCUGAUGAUCGGUGCCCAGCAGUGCUGCACACAAGUUCCGCCCACCUGUGCCCAGCAGUGCGCCCACCUGUGCCCAGCAGUACGCCCACCUGUGCCCAGCAAUGCACCCACCUGUGCCCAGCAGUGUGCCCACCUGUGCCACCCAGCAGUGUCACCACCUGUGCCCAGAAGUGCCACCUACCUGUGCCCAGUAGUGCCACCCACCUGUGCCCACCAGUGCCACCCACCAGUGCCGAUCAGUGCAGCCCAGCAGUGCUGCCAGUCAGUGCCACCAGUCAGUGCCCAGGGGUUGUGCCAGUCGGUGCCCAGCAGUGCCGCCAGUCAGUGCCCAGCAGUGAUGUCAGUCAGUGCCACCUAUCAGUGCUGUCUAUCAGUACCCAUUAUCAGU